GGCUCCCUUUGCACAUGCGCUCGGCUGCUGUUCCUUCUUAGAGUCGAGCGCUGUACCCUGCUGCAAUUAAGGAAGGAAGUUUGCGGACGGACCUGUAAUUUCGGUGACUCUGUAUGACCUAUUCUAACUUCUCAAAUCUGUCUGAAGCAGAGAGUGGUUCGUGCAUUUUUCAGGUACCACGUUUCAACAUUUGGGAGCUGGAAACGGGCGUGGAAAUUACUUGGCAUGGAGCCCCCUCUACCCCUGACGCCCUAUGUUCUCGCCGACAGCCGCGGGACCUUUUCGAAAGUACUGCAGGCAGAUAUUUCGCAAAACAGAGGGAAAACUGAAGUAGUCCGGGCGAUGUUGCUGAUUCAGGUGAUGGCAGUUUAAAGUCGAUCCAGAAGUUGUAGUAAUUCAAAGCCGGUGUAUUUAAAAUUCUGAUGCUUAUCUCCUGUGUGGGUACGGGGAGAGCAUCUCAUCCACUGCCUGCCUUGGAGCUUUUGAGUCAUGGCAGCAGAGGAGCCAGGAGGUGUCUUCUCAUCAGCCUGUCGGCGCCAGGAAGUGUCCGAAAAACCUAAUUAUGCCCUCAAACUUACUCUUGUGGGGCACACGGCGGCAGUGUCAUCAGUUAAAUUUAGUCCUGAUGGCGAAUGGAUAGCAAGUUCUUCUGCUGAUAAAGUAAUUAUAAUCUGGGGAGCAUAUGAUGGGAGAUACGACAAAACACUGUAUGGUCACAAUCUGGAAAUAUCAGAUGUUGCCUGGUCAUCAGAUUCUAGUUGCCUUGUUUCUGCCUCAGAUGAUAAAACUCUAAAGAUAUGGGCUGUGAGAUCUGGAAAAUGUUUGAAAACUCUGGAGGGGCACAAUGAUUAUGUCUUUUGUUGUAAUUUCAAUCCUCCAUCCACUCUAAUUAUUUCAGGAUCUUUUGAUGAGAGUGUGAAAAUAUGGGAAGUGAAAACAGGAAAGUGCCUCAAGACUUUGUCUGCUCAUUCUGACCCAGUUUCUGCUGUUCAUUUUAAUAGUACGGGGUCCUUGAUAGUGUCGGGCAGCUAUGAUGGUCUCUGUAGAAUCUGGGACACUGCUUCAGGUCAGUGUUUAAAAACACUUAAUGUUGAUGAUAAUCUUCCUGUCUCUUUUGUAAAAUUUUCUCCAAAUGGUAAAUAUAUCCUCAUUUCAACUUUGGACAAUACUCUUAAACUGUGGGAUUACAGCAGAGGCAGAUGCUUGAAGACAUACACUGGUCAUAAGAAUGAGAAAUAUUGCAUAUUUGCCAGUUUUUCAGUUACUGGUGGAAAGUGGAUUGUGUCUGGUUCAGAGGAUAACCUGGUUUACAUUUGGAACCUUCAGACUAAAGAGAUUGUACAGAAAUUACAAGGUCAUACAGAUGUUGUGAUCACAGCGGCUUGUCAUCCUACAGAAAACAUCAUUGCAUCAGCAGCAUUGGAAAAUGAUAAAACAAUUAAACUAUGGAUGAGUGACUAUUAAAACCUUUGGAAAUCAAGUAGUAAAGUCAAGUUGUCAAAAAAUUGAGAUGUUUUGAGACAGGGAUGGUGGCACAUGCCUGUAACCCAACACUCUGGGAAGCUGAGGCAGAAGGAUCACGAAUUCAGUCUCUGCCUGGGCAACUUAGUGGAAUCCCCUCUCAAGGGGGUCGGUGGUGGAAUGUAGCUCAGUGUGAAGUACUAGGUUCAAGCCCCAGUACAAACAAAACAAACCCCAAAAGCGGUAACAAAAAACUUAAGAUGUUUGAAAGAAUGACUUUUCUUGAUUUUGUAUUUCUUUUAAAAAUUGUGUUCAUUUGCAAUAUUUUGACACUUAAAAUCAGUGUUUACAAAAUGGGAGGAUAGUAAAUGGAAGAAUAAAGUGUAGGAUCUGGGGCUUCUGACUCCUAAUCUUGAGGCCUGUUAGGAACCUUAUGUGCUUGCCCUAGAGUUUCCCAUUCUGUUCGUAGUGAGUAUCCUAGAAAGUCACUUGAGAAAUACUUCAAAGUAAGGCUGACAAGAGAAGAUGUCUCAGAGAAGCAAGUGAGUUUGUGAUUUUUGGUUUGGGAAGGCAGGUGAACAUUCGCCUGGGGGUUACAGAACUGUAGAGGCCAAAUGCCUCCCAUACACUUGGUGAUGAUGGGACAUGAAAUCCUUAUCGGGGCUGAGAGUUGGGAAAAGAAGUAAUGAUUAGGUUCAUUCUAAGCAUCUAAAACUUAUAGGACCCUGUUGUGAUGGACAUUUAAAAUGUCCCCUAAAAGUCCCAUGUGUUCGGAGGUGUCUUUUGGAAGGUGAUUGGAUUGUGGGAGCAGUAUCUUCAUGAGUGGAUUAAUCUUCUGAUGAGCUCACGGCUGAAUGUGCUGUUAGGACACCGAGCAGGGCUGGAGGUGGGUCACUAGGUCUGUGACCUGGAAGGGGAUGUUCUUGCCCCUGGCUCCUCCCUUUCUGCUCCUUGGCUGUCCUGAGUUGAGCAGAAUUCCUCCACCAUGUCAUUUUUUUGCCCUGGAAUCAGGUAAGUAUGGAUUGAAUCCACUGAAACUAAGCCAAAUUAAACCUCUCCUCUAAGUUAGUGAGUGCUCGGUAUUGUGUCUCAGUAAUAGGAAUGUGAUUAAUACCAACCUCUAUUAUAUUUUGCCAUCUUGUGAUUGUUAGGGAAACUACACAUCAGGAUGGUGAGGCCACUCUCCUGUAUGUGACCUAAUAACUCCCCCUCGUAUUUUGGAUUCAUUUGCAAAAUCACCUCAUGGAACCAUGACUUCUUGACUUCUUCCAACCUCUGCACAGCUGAGUUGUUUUUCUGUUUCUUCAGUUUCUGUGGUAAAGUUCAAAACAAUUUCUUUACCGAUUUGUUUGUAAUGGCUUCUUGGGCCAUGUUUGCAGUAGAUAAUGAGCUGUGUGGGAACAGGAAGUUGGCUUAUCUGUUUUUGUACUGUUUUGCAUAGAGAAGGGGCUUAAAACGUUUGAUGAUUAAAAUACGUAUUACAGUUUCAUUAUUGUGUACUUUUGAUAAAUUUUAGUAUACAUGCCCAAAACUCAUACUGAUCUCAAAGAAACCCUAGCCUCACGUGUUAAUUUUAUUCACACAGGGCUUAAUAGGAAAUAUAAAGUAUAAAGCAGAAGAUGGGCGUGGUGAUACGUGCCUGUAAUUCUAGCUACUCAGGUUUCGGGCUGGAGGAUUCCAA